GGUUUGUUGUAUCGCGUUUUUUCUCGCUUUUUUACAGACAAUCUUUCCGAAUAGACGCUUUCUAAAAUCCCUACAUCUCUUUGCCUCGACCUGUGCCGGACGAAGAUACUGAGGUAAAUUAAACCGAAGUUCAUAAUAAAAUAAUUAUUUCUAAUAUAACUAUCAAAUAAAUAUAUAGGUCUAAACAUUUUUUCCUAUACAUACGUUUUGAAACUUGGCAAGAGCAAUCAGUCAAGUAGAAUAUCUUCUCGUCAGACAAUCGAUCAGGGCGAUAAUGUACCAAGGCAACGAUCGCUGUUUAUUUUUCAGCAAAAUGGGCGCGUGCCGGCAUGGUGAUAAUUGCACGAAGCUGCAUAUACGGCCCAGCACCUCACCAACGGUAUUGUUUCCGAUGAUGUAUCCGAUCCCGCUGGCGGCCUUGGACGGUCACAUCGAAGAUCGUCAAUGGCCCUUCACACAGUUUGACAAGAAGUAUCUCAAAAAGCAUUUUGAACACUUUUACAAAAGCGUUUGGCGCACCUUCAUGGAAUACGGCCGUAUUGCGGAGUUGCGUGUUGUGAGUAAUCUGAAUGACCACUUGCUAGGUAACGUGUACAUUCGCUUUGAUGACUCGGCUGCUGCUUCCAGAGUUGUUAAGGAGUUGCGCGAUAAGAAGACUAAGUACAACGACAUUAUUAUCCUUCCAGAGCUUUCUCCUGUAGUCAAUUUCGCUGAGGCGUGUUGCAAAGAGGACCUCGAAGGUAGUUGUGCUCGUGGCGGCCAGUGUAACUACCUGCACAUAAUGAAGGUAUCUCGCAAGCUGCUAGAGAGCCUCGAGAAGAAACAGGCCAAGUACUGGAAAAAGAAAGAAAAACAUGAUAGAGAGGAUCGAAAGCGUCACCAUAGUACUCGUUCUCGAUCCAAUUCUCAGCCCAUGAGUGGAGGGGAGAUAUGUCAUAUAUGUGGUAAAUCAGGCCAUCUUUCGCGGGAUUGCCCAAUGAAGUAG